UCUUUUCACUGCGCUGCGUCAAUUGCAGUGUGGUCAAACCGCCACACGAUGGCGACAUGACAGUAGCUGUUGGAGGCGAGAGUUGUCACUAGCUGACCCGGCAGGAAGGGAGGAGGGUCCUGGGCAGAAAACAACGAGAGGAGGAGCUGGAGAAUAGAGGGAAAGAUCAGACCAGGCGGCUAUGGAGAAAGAAGGGGAAGAGGGGUGAACGUGAUCCUUGAGAAGCCACGAGAGCAUGUCGAAAAUCUGCAGAUCAAAAGCAAUCACGACGGCAGCUUUGAUCGACGAACCAAGACACGCUGAGAGACUGGAGGACAUAAGCCGUUGAUCCGCAGAAACGGCUGUUAACGUUAACGCUUCUGAUUUGUUUGGACGUGAGAGAGCAAGUAGAAAACAGAGAGAAGCUAACUCAGUAUGAGUCGAGAUGGAUGGAGGAAGAAAGCCAGCUCUGAUGAUGGGUGGGGUGGAAGGGGAGGCUACAUGGCGGCCAAGGUGUGUAAACUGGAGGAGCAGUUUCAGCUGGACGCCCCCAGAGAAAAACAGAAGGAGGGCGGCUCUUCCAGCAUCUUCAGCGGGGUGGCCAUCUACGUCAACGGAUACACAGAGCCCAGUGCAGACGAGCUGCGGCGUCUGAUGAUGCUGCAUGGGGGCCAGUUCCACGUGUACUACUCGCACUCCAAGACCACGCACAUCAUCGCCACCAACCUGCCCAACAGCAAGAUCAGCCAGCUCAGGAGCCAGAAGGUGGUGCGCCCCGAGUGGAUCACUGACAGUAUUAAGGCAGGCCGGCAGCUCUCCUACCUCCAGUACCAGCUCUAUGCCAAGCAGAAGGGCCUGAGCUUCCCCAGCGUGUGCCUGCGGAAGCUGGACCAGCAGGAGCUAGCGGGAGCUAGCGGUCACCACCAAUCGUCCAGCUCCAGCGUUGUAUGCAGGGAAGGCCUGCCCGUGAAGCCCAGCCGCGGGCCUCCCAAACCCAGCCAUGCCAGCCCCGGAGCUGGCCCCCCCCUCCUCCAGGAGCCUCUGGCCGAACAGAGCCAGGUGUCACCACGGCCAGUCUCCAGUGAUGCGGCACAUGGUCAUAAGGAGCUGGAGCUCAGAGUAAAUGGCUCACUGCAGAACCCAAAGGGAGGCGGAAUCAGACUGAAUGGUCUCCAUGGCGAGGACCAAUGGGAGGAGCACUCUUCGACCAGUGGGAGGGCCAAAGAGUCUACCUUGACCAAUGGCCACGUCCACCCCUUCAAUGGUGCCUUAAAGCCUACGGACAUGAGCCUUCAUCCUGGGGGUUUGACCCAGGAGGCUCAACCAGAACAAAGGGACUCUAUGAGCACUGUAAGCCCAGAGAGAAGCCCCUAUUAUGGGCCCAGGACUCCAAGUCCCAUUCCCCCUCAACAACCACGCGUCUCCCCUGUCACUCAACACAAACACAACUCUGAUUCGCCCAACACUCAGCGGCAAGUCCCGCCUCCAGCAUCCCCGACCAAUCAGAACGCAUCCACUUCGUCUGACCUCACCCCUGCAAGGCCACACCCACCCGACCAGGGGAGCAGAGGAGUCCGGCUGAACGGCAGUCAUCACAGCAGUGGCCCCUCCCAUAACCACACCCACCAAGACCUCAGCGACCAAUCAGGAAAGCCAGCGACUCGAGGAGCCGAGGGCGGGAUCAUCUCGGAGUUCUACUCGUACUCCCGGCUCCACCACAUCUCCACGUGGAGGAGCGAGUUCGCCGAGUACGUCAACUCCCUGCAGUGUCGGAGGAGGGCAACAGGGGGUGCUGUGUUUUCUGGCAAGGAGAGGCUGAAGAAGCUCCGGGCUCAGCGCAGCUCAGGUUUGUCCAGCAUGCCUGCUCCUCAGGUCAGACAGUCCUGUAUCCUGCAUGUGGACAUGGACUGCUUCUUUGUUUCAGUAGGAAUAAGACACCGACCAGAUCUGAAAGGGAAGCCCGUUGCCGUGACGAGUAACCGUGGUCCUGGCCGUGUGGCCCAGAGGCCCGGGGCCAACCCCCAGCUGGAGUUCCAGUACUACCAGCACAAACGGAACCAGCACCAGCAGAAAGACAAGAUGGACGGUGACCUUGAGAUGACCCCUUCGCCUGAGGACAUCGACGAGCAUCGCCAUGGCAACGGGAUGGAUCAGGACCAGGCUUCCCUCUCCAUGGCCGAGAUCGCCUCCUGCAGUUACGAGGCCAGGCAAGCAGGAGUGAAGAACGGCAUGUUUUUCGGCCAGGCCAAGAAGCUGUGUCCGGAGCUUAAGGCCGUACCCUACGACUUCCAGGCCUAUAAGGAGGUGGCACUGGUCAUGUACGAGACCCUGGCCAGCUUCACCCACCACAUAGAGGCUCUGAGCUGUGACGAGGCUCUGUUGGACGCCACCGCCCUGCUGGCCGAAGUGGGCGUCACGCCUGACGAGCUGGCCAGCGCCAUCCGGGCCGACGUAAUGGAGAAGACUGGCUGCUCGGCCUCUGUGGGCAUGGGCUCCAACAUUCUCUUGGCGCGCAUGGCCACACGGCGGGCCAAGCCCGAAGGCCAGUACCUGCUGAGGUCGGAGGACGUGGACGACUUCAUAAGCGACCAGGCGGUCACCAGUCUGCCAGGAGUGGGCCGCUCCAUGGGCAGUAAGCUGGCGUCUCUGGGCGUGACCUCGUGUGGGGACCUGCAGCAGGUGUCCAUGGCACGCCUGCAGCGGGAGUUUGGCCCGCGCACCGGGCAGACACUCUUCCGCUUCUGCCGCGGCCUGGACGAUCGCCCUGUCCGCAGCGAAAAGGAAAGGAAGUCCGUCUCGGCCGAGAUGAACUACAACAUCCGCUUCACAAAGGUGGAGGAUGCGGAGUCAUUCCUCAGCAAUCUGUCCAUGGAGGUGCAGAAGCGGCUGCAAGGGGCGGGGCUUAAAGGUCGUAGGGUCACUCUCAAGGUCAUGAUGCGCAAACCCGGAGCCCCAGUGGAGCCAGCCAAGUACGGAGGUCACGGCAUCUGUGACAACCUAGCCAGGUCAGUGACGUUAGGUAAAGCCACAGACAGUGGUCAGCUGAUUGCUCAGGAGGCCAUCAAACUGUUCCACGCCAUGCGUCUGGAGGUGUCGGACAUGCGGGGUGUGGGGCUGCAGGUGCAGCUGCUGGAUGGGGGCCCCCAGGUGCAGGCGCCCCCCCAGGACUCCCGUUGCUCCAUCAGGGACCUGCUGCUGGCCCGCCGCCCCCCCCACACUAACAACACCACCAUCACCAGCACCAGCAGCAGCACGCCAGCCCCCAGCACUGCCCGACCAGAUGCAGAUGCAAUGCCCAGUGGUUCUUCCUCAGGAUCAUCCUCCAAUCAGGACACUCGCUCCUCCAGCAUGCCACCGCCCACUUCCUUCUCUGAUCCAAUCCCCAGUACCAGUAAAGGAGAGCCCCCGCCCCACACUCCAAACCACGCCCGCUCCCGUCUCAACCUCAGCAUAGAAGUGCCCUCGCCCUCUCAGGUGGACCGCUCCGUGCUGGAGGCGCUGCCCCCUGAGCUGAGGCAGCAGGUGGAGAGGACCUGGAGCCGGAGGGAAGAGAAUGAGGAGCAGCCUGGCGCCUCCUGUUCCUCCCCCGUGCGUCCUCCUCCUCCUCGGGCCUCGGCCUGCGCCUCGCCACCUCCCCCCGAGCCUCCCCCGCCCCCGGGCACGCUGCUGCUGCAGAUCCCCAACCAGAUGGGCUCCACGGGCAUCAUCCUGGCACUGCCAGACUUCUCACAGGUCGACCCGGAAGUGUUUGCAGCGCUGCCGAAAGAGUUACAAGAUGAGCUGUGUUCUGCUUACAAUCGCAGAGAAAGUGCACAACCACAAGGCACUGAGGUGAAGCAGAAGAACCCUCUUCUGCAGCUUAAGCAGCCAGCUGCUGGCAGGACCAAGCGCCGCUACAAGAAGAGGGACGCCAGCCCGGCCAAAAAGGGCCCCAGCCCUCUCAAAAGGCUCCACCCAGCCACCAGCCCUGCCAAGUCCAGCCCCUCCAAGCCGACCCCACCACCAUUCCGGCUCAAAGACGACCCCAGCGGACUGAAGACGGAGAAUGGUCCAUCCUCGUCAUCCAUGAAGCCGGACGUGCCAGAGGUGCUGUCCAAAUUCACCCCCCGCCCUGCCCCCACCUUGGCUGGAGCCAGCGAGUUGAGCGAUAUCAGGACCCUGCUACGGGAAUGGGUCACAACCAUCUCAGAGCCUAUGGAGGAGGACAUUCUGCAGGUGGUGAAAUAUUGCACUGAGCUUGUGGAGGACAAAGACCUUGAGAAACUUGACAUUAUCAUCAAAUACAUGAAGAGGCUUAUGCAGCAGUCUGUGGAGUCUGUUUGGAGUAUGGCCUUUGAUUUCAUCGUUGACAAUGUGCAGGUGGUUGUGCAGCAAACGUAUGGCAGCACCCUAAAGAUCACGUAGAGGGGCAGAGCUUUUCCUACCCAGCUGCCAGCUACGCUCACUGUGACAUCAAGUGCACCUCAGCCAAACAUUCAUGGGCGUGUGUGACAUGACAGUUGCUCAGUCCAAACAUUGAUGCACCCUUCUGUGACAUCGUAAUGUCUCAGCAAGACAUCACACUGUGAUGUCCAUGUUCCAUCAUUAUGACAUCAUAGAUCCUGUUGUAUUUCUUAAUAAAACGGAUAUGGUCCUGUUGGUGGGAGAAACUAUUGAGCAGAAUGUACACGGUAUGUGGGUAUGGUCAUUGGUAUGUUAUCAGUGAAAGUGCCCAGAACUCAGUAUAGCUGUGCAUGCCCAUUGUGAUACAAUGGCACUUACAGUACAUAAUACAGCAGACAUCCACAAAACUGCUGGCCGUGUUUGUAAGACUAAAAUCAGUAUCUACAAAUAAAACAGAUUUGGAUUGCAAUGAGACUGUGGGAGGUGGGGGGUAGAUAAGUAAUAAAGCACUCAUGACCAACAGAAAUAUAAUGAAAAGUUGGAACGUUCACUGACAGCUUUCAUUUUAAUUAUACAACCCUUUUUCCUUAGUUUUUGUUCUUUAUUCUUGUGCACUCUAUCCUUAAGCUUUCAUUUGAAAUCCUUAGUCUUUUCCCUUUAUUCUUUUACUUUACUUACUGUGUGUGUGUGUGUUUGUUUUUUUUCUUCUUCUGUGAACUAUGCCAGUGCUGGCUGCAAACAGGUAGCGCCAUGGAAGUAAAACGUUACUUUGCUCUCUAAAAACGUUCACUUUUGUGUUUUAUACAAAAUGUAAACAGAGCAUUGGGCAUUUUGACUUGCUGAUAGAGCAGUGCCAAAUUUUGUCCACUCGGUCCAUAUGUAAAUAAUGAUACAGAAUUUCAUUUAGAUAACAUUUACAUAUAAUUAUAUCAAAGAGUUUGUUUCUAAACAGAAGUCACGUUUGUUUUUGAAAUAUUGUUUACAAUUUUGCAAAAGGAUUGCAUUUUUUAAGUUUGGCAAAAAAUUUACCAUUUCAGGUGUGUUGUGUUGCUAAAUCUUUGUCUCGGAAAUGCAUCAACUUUUCACCUAAAAGGUGACAGCAGGGUAGUGUUAUUAUAUAUGAGAGGUAAAAGACUUGAGACUAAACUGAAAUAUGUUUUAAUUCAGCACACACACACACUCACUCACAGAAUGAAUGUAUUUCAUAACUACACACUAAUUCUGACUGGGCUCGGUGCUCAUUUCAGAGACCUUGGUCCAUUUAAUAUUUACAGGAAACGUCCCAACAUGUUCACAUUCUCGAGAGAUUUCUGCGUUAUACCAUAUCAACUUGUUUGGAGAAGGGUCUAGAUGUUUCUAUUGGUCAGUGAAUGGUCUAUAUCACUACUGACCCGUGCCUGAAGACCUGAAGCUGUGACAUUAUUUGUAUGUUUUUUCUAAUGUAACUUGCUAAUAAACUUGUUGGAACUCUGUUA